ACUACAUAUCCCAGGCCGCCAUGCUUUCCUAAUGGAGUCCUAGGGCGCUGACUGCUCCCCAGUUUCCGUAGGGAAGCGCCGGGCUACCACAGCUAUUGUGUGUAGCGCUGUCGCCCUCCUCUUCCCGCAGCCUGCUGUCGUGUUGUUGGAGGAAAGCUACGUUUCCUUGCCGCUGGGCUUAACUCUCUAAGUGCCAAACCCCACAUCACGAUGGCUCCCAGGAACCAGUAGGCGGUCUCUGCAGUUGCUGAGUUGUGGGCGACGAGCCCCGAAGACCAGAAGAAGACAUCCGAAGAGAGCCCGUGCUCUCGUUCGGUCUCUGAGUUAGGGCUCGGCCAGCGUGAAACGGUGGCAUUGGCUUUAAGAAGGGGGAGGGGAGGCACAAUCUGCCUCUCUUGGGGAGCCGAGGAAGGAAGCCUCAGCUGGCUUGGGAGCGCAAAGAGGCGGCCCCCGCGCCCGUGCUCUCCCCGCCUCCACCCUGGGACGCCCGGGACACAGCGCCGUGCUUUGGGGGAGAAGAUGACCAGGGGGCGUGCUGCUCCCUAGGCUGCACCCUGCCGGUAUCAGAAGGCGUUGAUAAGCACUCCUGGUCACCGGACUAAGCGCUCCAGCCACACACCAGCGGGCGCUCCCAAGAGUUUCAUUGGAACAGCCCCUCCACUAUUGUAAUCAUGGGGCAUCCCCCGCUGGAGUUCAGCGACUGCUACCUCGACAGCCCCGAUUUCCGUGAGAGGCUCAAGUGUUAUGAACAGGAGCUGGAGAGGACCAAUAAAUUCAUCAAAGAUGUGAUCAAAGACGGCAGCGCGCUUAUCAGCGCUAUGAGAAGUUACUCUUCUGCGGUUCAGAAAUUUUCCCAGACACUCCAGUCAUUUCAGUUUGAUUUCAUUGGAGACACGCUGACCGAUGAUGAGAUUAAUAUUGCGGAAUCAUUCAAGGAAUUUGCUGAAUUGCUCAAUGAAGUAGAAAACGAGAGGAUGAUGAUGGUACAAAAUGCCAGUGACUUGCUGAUCAAACCCCUGGAAACUUUUCGGAAGGAACAAAUAGGUUUCACAAAGGAGAGGAAGAAGAAAUUUGAGAAGGAUGGUGAGAGGUUUUACUCCCUACUGGACCGGCACUUACAUCUGUCAUCCAAAAAGAAAGAAUCUCAGUUGCUAGAGGCAGACCUCCAGGUGGAUAAGGAAAGGCACAAUUUCUUUGAAUCAUCUCUUGACUAUGUUUAUCAAAUUCAGGAAGUCCAGGAGUCUAAGAAGUUCAAUAUCGUGGAGCCAGUCUUAGCCUUCCUUCACAGCCUCUUCAUUUCUAACAGCUUGACGGUGGAGCUCACACAGGAUUUCCUCCCAUACAAACAGCAGUUGCAGCUCAGCUUGCAGAAUACAAGAAAUCACUUCUCCAGUACCCGGGAGGAGAUGGAGGAACUUAAGAAGAGGAUGAAAGAGGCCCCUCAGACAUGCAAGCUUCCGGGACAGCCAACCAUCGAAGGCUACCUCUACACACAGGAGAAAUGGGCUCUGGGGAUAUCCUGGGUAAAAUACUACUGUCGAUAUGAGAAAGAGACCAGGACACUCACCAUGACACCGACGGAACAGAAGCCUGGUGCUAAGCAGGGACCUGUGGACUUAACUUUGAAGUACUGCGUGAGAAGGAAGACAGAGUCAAUUGACAAGAGAUUCUGUUUUGAUAUUGAAACUAAUGAAAGAACAGGAACCAUCACUCUGCAAGCACCUUCAGAAGCCAAUAGAAGGCUAUGGAUGGAAGCCAUGGAUGGGAAAGAACCUAUCUACCACAGUCCCAUAACUAAACAGGAAGAAAUGGAGCUGAAUGAAGUGGGGUUCAAGUUUGUUAGGAAGUGCAUCAAUUUUAUUGAGACCAAAGGGAUCAAGACAGAAGGGUUGUACCGCACUGUGGGCAGCAACAUCCAGGUUCAGAAGCUGCUCAAUGCCUUUUUUGAUCCAAAAUGUCCAGGGGAUGUCGACUUCUAUAACAGUGACUGGGAUAUUAAGACAAUCACAAGCUCUUUAAAAUUCUACCUCAGGAAUCUCUCAGAACCUGUCAUGACUUAUAAGCUCCACAAAGAGCUCGUCUCUGCUGCCAAAUCUGACAACCUGGAUUACCGUUUGGGGGCUAUUCACUCCCUAGUAUAUAAGCUACCAGAAAAGAACCGCGAGAUGCUGGAACUUCUAAUCAAACACUUGGUAAAGUAAGUAACUGCUGGGUUU